CGGAAGCAUUUCCUCCUUCGUGAUCGCCGUGCAGCGCAAUGUACAGUCGCAGGUACUCAGUCAAAUCAUGGUUGUCGCCAUAGCCCAGGAGCGCGGUGUAGUUGCCGAUCAAAUCCAAAUCUCGGUUUAGUGCGGGCAACGGCGUUCCAGGCUUGUAUACGUUGCGAUAAAUCCGGGCAGCAAGGGCGGGAAGACGAGCAAUGAGGUUGAUCGAAUCUUCGAGAGUGGGCUCCCAGUACUCGGACUUCUUCAUCCCCUUUUCGUACGCACUCUGGAAGACGCUGUCGUGGUUCAGAGCCGCCACGCCCAUCCCGAGUUGGGUCAUGGGGUGCAGAGUCGCUGGGAAUCUGCCUGCGGUUGAAACCAAAUUUGGAACUUCUGUGCAGCCACUUACGAGUCCACUAGCUUCUCCACAAACUCUGGCAAGUCUCCCUUUGACGCCAAUUCAGCAGACAAGGCCCGUGUUUGCUCUUCAGUCGGAACCUCGCCGGUGAGCAGGAGCCAGAGCAUACUCUCUGCAAUGAUUUCCUUGCCACCGGGAGCUGCCGGCAGAACCUUCUGGCAAUCAGGGAUGCUGAGUCCGUGGAAGCGGAUUCCCUUCCGGAAACAUGAACGUAUGGUCCGGUAAAUCUUACGACUGGCGCACCUCGUUGGGAUCGAGGACCGACGCGUCCCACAGCAUGGCCUUGAGCCCGCGCAUACCCCCAAUGAUAUUUUCAACCUUGACUUCGCCAACCACAGUUUGCGAAUGUUGCAUUUUCUGAAGAGGUUGGCCGUCCCCUCCCUACCAUAGCGGCACCCGGCAUACCAGUUUCUUGAGCUGUUCUUGCUUCUUGGGUAUCACCUCCCGCAACGUGUCCUUGAGGGACUUGGUAGACGCGAAUCUUUUGGAUCCAUUCAAGGUCCACUGGCGAGACGAAAUGCGGGCUCGGAGCAUGGCGGCUGGGAAGAAGCAGGGUGGAAGGCAAGAAACACAGACGGGCGUGUCUGUUCGAUGAUAAUCACGAGCCUACUGUCCAACAAGAAGCCGACCUCCGAGGAAGUAGACCGAAAAUGUCAUGGGGCAUGUAAUCAUUUAUGAUCAUGGUAGUAGAGUGUGGGGAAUGACAGCCGUAGCGAUCCGACCCGGCCCGAAUGUUUGUCUCUGUUGCUCAGCGCCUUCACCUCCGGUCAGUGCGCUGGCCACAUCAUAUAAUCAAUACAGUGUAGCCUUUCACCUCGACCUUCGGCCAUGGCGUCCUCCGUUCUUGCCCCCGUUCUUUACAUGAUCAUAGUCUUUGGAGCCUUGGCGUCUUCGCAUAUCGGAGAAACGCGACCGGCCUUACCACCCUACUUUCCUACGCACGCAGAACGGAACACAUAUGUCACUCUACUCCAGAAAACAGAUCCACCUGCCUCCGACCCGUUGCUCAAAUCCGCGCUCCUGCGUCGCGCCAUGGCCGAUGUGCAACGUGUCCUCCGGCUUCGUGAAGACAAGCCUGCGCUGCAGAAUCUGCUGCAGAAGGGCUCAAUAGGAGAUGAUCUAUGGAACAGUCUCCUUGCUGCAGAGAAGGAACUCGAGGCAGAGAUUAUGGAGGUCGUGGCGGAGGCGAACACGUUUGCGCAGGGAUGGGGCCAGGUCAUCUUCCCUACAGCGAACGAGAUGAUCGCGAACGAGAAAAUGCGCGCACUCUAUGAGACUUCUGAGGAGGCGAGGCAGGCCCUCGCAUUGAAGAAUACCUCGCAGCCAACUCCCUUGUCGCUUCCUGUCCCGAGUGGUGCCACCAGUGACACCGAAAGUGUAACUUCACCAUCGACACCUUCUGUACGCCUCGCUGCUUGA